AUGGACAGAUUGACCCCAAAAAGCUCAACGCGAAAGAUUAAAUCUCUGCGUGACCCGUCUGCCAAAAUGUCCAAAUCCGACCCCCAAACGAUGGCGACGAUUACCAUCACAGACUCUCCUGAUGACAUCGUGCUCAAGGUUCGCCGUGCCGUUACUGACUUCACCUCUGAGGUCACGUUUGACCCGGAGACGCGGCCAGGUGUUUCCAACCUGGUGACGAUCCAUGCUGCCAUGGCAAUGAUCAGUGUGGAAGAAGCAGUGUCCCAGGCCAGAGGGUUGGACACAGGUGCCUAUAAGAAGCUUGUAACUGAGGCUGUGAUACAGAGAUUGACUCCCAUCAGGGAGGAGGUCAAGAGGCUAAGGUCGGAUCGUGCCCACUUGGAGGGAGUGCUGGCCCUAGGGAACCGCAGGGCUCGGGAACUGGCUGCGCCGGUCCUCAGAGAGGUCCAACAGCGAGUUGGAUUCUGCUGAGAGGCAGCUGGGCUGGAAAGUAAAGGCACAAUUAUACUGCAGGCUGUGCUCAGUACUUAACUGCUGCUGAUAUCAAAUUUUAUUCCAAUGACUGUUUAUAUCUUUAGGAUAUUCAAGGAUGUAACUCAUUUCAUAACAAAAUGUGUUGAAAGCAACGUGGAAAAGACUCAACUGCAGUGUAAUGUUUUGUUCAGACUGCAAACUGAUUGGUGGACAACAUAUUGUUAUUUUCUCCUCUGAGUUUGUCUCAUUGGAAUGAAUUAAUUUCAUGCAGUUGUAGUUCUGAACACAGCCCAACAAGAAUGAAAGAUGUCACUUUUGUUUUUGUGCAUGCACUACACACUCAUUGGCUGUAUGUGUUUCCCUAAAUUCCAAAAGAAAAAAACAUGUAAACAAAUAUUUGCAAGUAAGAUUCAAAACAUUCAUUGGUGUUUUAACAUGUGAUUCAGACACUAUUUCUCCCCUGAGCACUCAAACACAACAGUAAACAACACAGUUCAUCAAAAGUGCUUUACAAAGCCGGCAGAAAUGGAAGAAAGGACUGUGAACAUACAAAUAAAAGUACAUAUUCAAGAAAUAAACCCUCCUACAGAUAUACAGAAUACAUCAUUUGGUCUCAGACGAAUGCAAGCAAAGAUCAUGUACUGGAAAGAGCUAGAGGAAAAAUGCAUUACACUCUAAGUAUUGCCCUACAGAACACCGCAAUGAAACACAGACAUGUGACUGAAAACAAUUAUCAGGUGUAAUAACUCAAGAAAAUCUUGAGAAACACACAAAAGGUGAGUUACUCCUGCUUGCAUACUGAAGAUCACUGAGGAGCAUCAUCUUUUCCAGAAUGACCAGGACAACGUGAUUCUUUAUUGCUUGCUCAUUUUAGACAGUGCAGUACAGCAUCGUUUACCGUUGAAGAAUCAGUGUACGUCAUGCACAACACGAAGCACAGUGGUGAAAAAGGCAUCGAUACGUAAGGGCUUCAGUAACCGUUCCAUCUGCUGAUCUUCAGUCUGCUGCAGGUCUCCUCUCUGCUGCUUCCACACACGUCAUCACACCGCAUGAGGAGUCCAAAUGUAAAAAAACUUGAAAUCAGAGUUAACGACUUGAAACUAAGCACUGAUGGUGAUAGGGUGUGGUGAUUAUAGUCAUCAGGAACGCUGCUGCUGUUGUGUUGUCGUUUGCUUGUUUCACAGUUUUGUCUUUUUCUCUGUAUUUAAAAAAAAGAAUAUAUUAUUUUGUAUUUUUGCAGCUCAAUAGUUUUUUUCUUUUAUCUUAAAAUAUUUCAUUAACAUUGAUUUAGUUGACAUCUUGACACACACAUUGGAACUGGUAUGCACAACCUUACACUUCUACACUGUAAAACUUCUCUGUUGAUUCACAGCCACACACACACACACUCUCGGUGCUCCUAAAGAAGAUACUUGUGCGUGCCCACAAUUCCACAUUAACUGCUUACACAUCCACACUUGUUUGAACUUAUAUAUCUAAUUUGAACACUUUGCUGUAGAUUUUUGUUUACACGUAAACACUUGGAAAUGAUCACAUCCACACUUUGCUUAAAUAAAAAGAUGUAUGUAUGUGACAUGCA